AUGGCCGUCCUAGGCAAGCGCAAAGCGCCCGAGUCAUCAAUAUCGGAUAUCGACGCAAAUGAACUGCUCCGCCGACAUUUCGAGGCCCGCUUCCAGCCACUGGAGGCGAACCCUUCCAAUGCGAAACCCGAGGUCGAAGCAGACGACAGUGAAGAUUCUGAAUGGGGAGGGUUAUCUAGCGACGAUGAAGUCGAGAACGACGAAGAAGACGACAAUCUUGACGAUGUUUCAGAAGACGAGUCCGACGAUGAUGAUACCCCAGCAGUAGAAAUAGUCGACCACUCAGCACCCCAACUCCCCAAAGAAUCAAUGUCCAAACGCGAACUAAAAGCAUUCAUGUCAUCCCGACCGCCCGACCAAACCCGCAAAACCACGAACCCCGAAUCCCCAAAACCAUCCUCAAAAACCACCACCCUCCCCGAAGACGCACCCUCCCUCCUAAAACAAGACCUCGAACUGCGCCGCCUCCUCGCAGAAUCCCACCUCCUCGCCCCCCACGCCGCCACCAAAUCCCUCUCAUCAGUAUCCUCCAACGCCGCACAGCCCAAGUCCUUCGCCACAGGCCGAACGAGACAAAAGGCAACGGACCUGCGAAUACAGGCCCUCGGCGCAAAGGUCUCAAUACACAAGCAGGAGAAGAUGCCUAUGCAUAUACGGAAGGGAAUGACGGUGGCGACGGACGCUCGCGAGGCAAAGAGGAGGAGGGAGGCGAGGGAGAAUGGCGUCAUUUUGGAGCGGGAGACGGGGAAGAGGAAGAGGCGGGAGAGAGGGAGGGGCGGCGAUGUUGACAGGCCGGGUGUGGGCAGGCUCAGGGGUGCUGAGCUGCGGAUUAGUGAGAGGGAUGUUAGGGGCAUUGAGGGUACUCGGGAUGUAUUUGGCCGCAAGGGGAGACGAUAG